GUUAGCUUUCAAACAAAAGUAUUACGUUUAUAAGUUUUUACUGUACUUUUAGUUACUUAGGAAUCCCAUACGAACUACUAAAUACAUUUCUGAACUUCCAGCGGACUUUCUUUUACAACCACCCAAGUUGGUCAAAGUAUGCAUGCAACUUGGUAUCAAAGCAUUAUGCUUUGUGUUAGUAACCGCAUGACACACCCUGUAGGCGCAAAAUCAUAGAAAGGAAAAUGCUGUAAUAAGUACAUUCCUAUGCACUGUCUACGUAUGAGUGGAAAAUGAUUGUGCAAUGACACAUUUAUCGUACCCGUGGGCAUAUGGGUAAACCGGCACGAAACCAUGUAGAACUCGAUGAAUACAAGCGAAAUGUACCGUUCUGUCAAUAUACUUUAUCUAGCCGCAAACACACCUAUCUUAUGACUAAAUUAAGUCGUUGAUUACCUGGUUUAAAGUACACAUACAUUUUCGAGUGAUAUUUUAACCAAUUUACUGAUGCGUUUUGAUUCGGUGGAACCACUUUCCUAUGUUACGCCGCGGUUCCGGUUUGGUGAUUUUCAAACGCAAUCGCGAAGAUAUUCGCUGUUUUUUUUGAUCAGAAUUUUACUAGUCUCGCGUGAAAGUUGAACCUACCAUCUGUUGUGAAAUAAUAACUUUUACGCUUAGCGUUAAGAUGCGAUAUCGUCGUAUAGGUAACGAUUAAAGUGUGAACACAAUUACGGGGAAACAAACAAAACUAAAGAGUUUUCAGCGCGGCAAUAAAGUAACGGUGGACACUGACGACUUUCUGAGAAAACGUGUAUCAUGGGAAACCAUCUUAAACAAACCAUAGUGAUUGAUUUGGGCUCAGGAGACACCAAAGUUGGCUUAGCUGAAGAAGAUUAUCCAUCAUGCACAAUUCCUACAAGAAUUUCAUGCGAUGAGUCGACGACUAAAGGGUUUUACUUCGACCAAUCCGCGAUCAGUUCUGAGGAGUGCACUUAUCCAAUACACCAUGGAAUAAUUCAGAAUUUCGAACACGUUGAAAGUCUGUUGGAGCAUGUUUUCUCAAAGGAACUCUGUUUAAAGCCGCAAGAUCAUCCACUUUUGCUAACUCAGCCGCCAAAGAAUCCCCAAAGAGAUAAGGAAAAACUGGCAGAAAUGAUGUUUGAAAAGUUCGCCGUUCCUGCAUUGUAUGAAGAAAUACAUUCCGUUUUAACUUUCAAUGCAGCAGGAAGAUCGACUGCUUUAAUUGUAGAAAGUGGACAUGGUGUUACUAGCGUAGUGCCAAUUCUCAGUGGCUACGUUAUUUCUGACGCAGUCUUAAGGCUCGACGUUGGUGGAGGCGAUAUUGAUCAAUAUCUUGCCAAAAUUUUGUCUGAGAAAUCGCAGGAAUGUGAGAUCAGACCGGAAGAAGCAAGAAUCCUGAAGGAGAACUUAUGUUAUGUGCCAGACUGCGGCAGUGCCGAAAUAGAGGAAGAAAGCUAUUUGUUGCCAGAUGGGAGAAGAGUCGUCCUUGGACAAGAAAGAGUGCUUGCGACGAAUCCCCUCUUUCAGCCCUUCUUGGUCGAGCAAUAUGACACGCCUGGAAUUCACGAGAUGAUUUUCCAGUCGAUAUUCAAAUGUAGCGUUGACCUAAGACGGGCUUUUGCCAAUAAUGUUAUUCUAUCUGGUGGAAACACCCUGUUCAACGGUAUAGAAGACCGGCUGAAACAGGAAUUGGAAACUAGAGUACCCCCCACCAUGAAAGUAAACGUAAUCGCUAGCAAAGACCGAAACAUUUUCGUGUGGCGAGGUGGUUCUAUUUUGGGUUCACUCAGCACCUUUGUAAAAAACAUAUGCAUAUCUCGCACGGAGUAUGAGGAAUUUGGCAUUUCGGUAAUUCGAAAAAAAUGUGCAAAUCAAUUUUAGAAGAAAUGCUAUUAAUUCCCAGCCAUGCACAAGUUUCUUUGCAACGGACAUUUGGCCAAUUUAGCACCAUGGUUGAAGUUAAUAAGCGUAAUUUGGCACAAAUGGGCUAGUCAUUGUUAGUAAAUACACGUACAAAGAGGUGAAUUAGUCAUUUACGUUUAUAUUGUAUACAAGAUCCUAUUGGAACAGUGUGGGACCUAACAAAUCAAUAGUCAAAUCAAAACUUAACGCUAGUUUCAUUUUAUAUACCUUAAUAACUGAAUAUGUCUCUGGCUAAUAAAAAUGUAAUAUUUAUGUAUGUAUUAAGACUUAAAGUAUUAGAGCAAAUAAACCUUAUUUUGAGCUA